AGUAACAUCGCUCAAGUUGCACAAAAGCGGGAGUGCACUUUCGGCUGAGAUUGGCAAUGUGCUGAAAGAAAAAUACGUCCAAAUUUCGACAAAUUAUUCCCCAACGUUAAAGACUCUAAAUUAUCCAGUUAUUGUCGAACGAAUGCUACUACGUACGUACGUCGAUCUCACGUCAGAGCACAGAAACGAAAUGAUACGAAGAUCUCGACAUCUUAUCAAUUUGGAUCUAUUUUCUUGCAAAACAACGCAAAGUAUUUGCAAUUAUAAUUUCUUGAAUCUGAAUAAUCCAGUCGUGUCCACAGUUUCUCACCCUUUUCAGAGAAAUUAUUCUUCAUCAUAUGAUGGAGUUGGAGCUGGAGAGGAAAAGAUUGGAGAUAUCAAAGAAGUGAGACCGGAAGAUAAGAGAAUCUUUUCUGGAAUUCAACCCACUGGGCAAAUCCAUUUGGGGAAUUACUUUGGAGCUAUUAAGCAAUGGGUUAAAUUUCAAGAAGAAAAGGUUGAGGGAAAGUAUGGCGAGUGCAUUUAUAGCGUGGUGGACCUCCAUGCUAUCACGAUGCCGCAGGAACGUGACUCUCUGGAGAAGUCCACCUUCGAAUGUGUAGCAACACUCCUGGCGUGUGGGAUCGAUCCGAACAAAAGCAUUCUGUUUUUACAGUCUCAUGUAGCACUACAUUCUCAACUAUCUUGGGUAUUGGGAUGUACGACAACGAUGCCGAGGUUAGGUCAGUUGCCACAAUUCAAGGAAAAGAGCAAAACUCUGGCAGAAGUCCCACUAGGUCUUUUCACGUAUCCGGUGUUGCAGUCUGCAGAUAUUUUGUUGUACAAGUCAACUCAUAUUCCAAUUGGUGAAGAUAAUUUCCAACAUGUUCAACUUGCACAGCAUACAGCACAUCGCUUCAACCGAAUCUACGGAGAUACGUUUACAAUGCCGAAAGCUAUUAUGGAAACCGGAAUGUGGAGUCGGUUAAGAAGUCUGAGAAAGCCUGAAAAUAAAAUGUCAAAAUCGGAACCGGAUGCAAGAAGCAGGAUCAGUCUUAUGGAAUCCCCUGAUGAAAUAGUUAGUAAAGUGAAGAAAGCUGUGACCGAUUUUACAUCUGAAGUCACAUUCGAUCCAGAGAAAAGACCUGGGGUUGCAAAUCUAAUUACAAUCCAUUCGUUGUGUACUGGAGAAAGUCCAGAGGAAAUUUGUUCUCAAGCUCAAGCUCGAGGGUUGGACACGGGGAAGUACAAACUAGUCGUGGCGGAAGCAUUGGUCGAAUAUUUGAAGCCAAUAAGGGAACGACUCCUUGACCUAAUGGAGGACAGAGGAUAUUUACUCAGUGUGUUACAAUUGGGAGCUGAAAAGGCGACUGAAAUUGGGCAACCAACGUGGGACAAAGCAUGUUACAAUGUUGGGAUCUCGCCACAACUUUCUUGGUUGUCUCAACAAAAGAGAAAAGUUAAAAAAUCUGUAAGCAGUGCCACGUAGAAUUACAUGGACUUCUUUAAAAUUAAAGCUUUAAUCCCCUAGUUUAAUCCUGUUUAUCAUCUACAGUUUACUCAAUGACAAUAAUAAAAUAAUCUUGCCUGUUGAUUGCAAAACCGUUUUGCGAACAAAAA